AUGGAGGAGCAGCGGGACGUUCAAACAUCCAGGCGACACGGGAGCAGCUCCAGGUCGGUAAUAUCAGCCGGUUCCGCAGUUGCAAUGGAGAUCAAAAGGAAGAAAAUACGACAGAGUGUCUUAUUCCUUCAAACAGAGAAUACAAACCUUCAAGAAAAGCUGGACUUUGAGAUGCGAAUGCGAGAGGGUGCCUACAAGCUGCUCCUCGCCUGCAGUAAGAGAGACCAGGUUCUCAACGCCUCCAAGAACCUGCAGACCUGCAAUGCCAGGAUCAAGGCUUACUUCAGCCAGCUGCAGAGGAAGAAAGAGGAGCAGGACAAGAUGGGAGCAGUCAGCGGAUUUUCAGAUCCACUUUCAGAUGAUCGUGUGCCGUGUAAUGGAACAAUUGCAAUGACUGGGCUGCGUAUUCCUAUGAUGUGGAGGGAUUCGGCUCACUUUAACAACAGAGGGAGUUCUCGUCGGGUGGCGGUUUUCUGUCUGAUGCAGAUCGGCUCAGAGGUGUUUGAAACUGAGAUGGUAGUAGUGGACCGAUCAGUCACUGACAUCUGCUUUGAAGGAGUCACUGUCUUUAAAGACGCAGGUCCUAUGUUUGAGCUGAAGGUGGAGCUGUGGAGCUGUGCCCUGGAGGAAGAGCUCACCUUGGUAAACACGCCAAAGAAACUAGCCAAGAAGCUCCGCAACUCCUUUGGAAAGACCGCUGGGAAGAAGCUCUGCCCUCUGCUGGACAGUCCAGACCCUGACACCUUCCUGCAGUACAACCCAAUACCCUCCGGAGCUAAAUACAACCUGCUGGCCUACACCACGCUGGAUCUGUGUGAAGCUGAAGGCAGCUUUCAGUCUCAUUCGCUCAUUGUCCUCCAAGAUGCUGAGUGGUCAUCUUGGCUCCCACUUUAUGGCAACCUCUGCUGCCGGUUGGUGGCCCAGCCUGUCUGCAUGACACAAAGCAUGAUGACUGGCUACCUGAGCCAGAAGCAAAGUGUGGAGGGGAUGCACCGCUGCUGCAGCCUUUACUGUGUCUUGAGUGCCGGCUUUCUUUCCUGUUAUUUCACCCCGGAAGAAAUUGAUGCUAAAGUGCAGCCCACUCUCAAAGUACCCAUCACCAAGGACACUCGCAUCCGUCUGAUGGAGAAGGAGGCAGCAGGCCAGAAAUCCAGGAGUAUGUCCAUCAUCAACCCUUCAUCAGAGGGAGCUCAGACCAUCGUCUUCACCACGGACACCACGGAGGAGCUUGAAGACUGGCUGGAAGCCCUCCACCAGCACCUCUAUGAUCAGAGCCAGUGGCUGCACUGCUGUGACCAGCUAAUGAAGAUCGAGGUCGCAUCACCACGGAAACCAUCACUCUUCCUCACCAAGCAAGCAGACUCUGUUUACAACGACCUCAGUAUAAAUUCACCUGGCAAGUUUGAGAGCAUCACAGACAUUAUCCACAACAAGAUUGAGGAGACAGAUGGCCGCUAUCUAAUUGGUCAUGAGGAGGAGAAGGAGACGCCUAAUUGGUCCAGUCUGUUUGAUGGAUCCCAGUCUGUGUUAGUGCAGAAGAGUGUCCUGUCACAUAGCAAAACCUCCACCCCUUGUUCAAGCCCCAGCGCCAACACCAGCUCUCCAUCCGUCAGUAACAAGAAGCGGCGUGCUCCACCUCCUCCCCCUGAUCGGGAGCCUUAUGCUCCUCCCACCCGCCCUGCCAGACCUCCCCUCCCUCCUUCUCUAAAUCAACAUCCUCCUCUCCCAUACCAGGAGAAAGAGAACUCCGGGACUUGCAUGUCGCGUCCAGCCACAAAAUCCAAAAGUGGCAGACCGUCUUUGGAUGCCAAAUUUUCUGCCAUCAUCCAGCAGCUCCAGCGGAACAACCCCGGAGGAGCCGGAGCCCUGAGCCGCAACAAUGCUCCGCUGGGGGUCCUCGAUGUGCAACCACAAAGUCAACCUCUGCCCCCUCUACAGCAGAUGGAGUACCAGAACCCUGAAGCCACAGGUGAACAUGGCUUUGUCAGAGCCAGUCAUGGUCCUGGUCCAGUUCCUGCACCGAGGAGCAAAGUGAGGAAGUCUUUCAGAGAGAGGAUGAACCUUAAAGCGCUGUGACCUCAAGCAUUCCAGCGUCUGAAUGAUUUAACUAUCUAACUCUGCCUUAUCACUAAUAUAAAUAACAUUUAGCUAUGAUAGAUAGAUAGAGUUGGAUGAGAAGAUCUGUGAGGCUGGAGCCAGAAGGGGUUUAGCGUAGCUUAGCAUAA